CAUCAACCUGCGACCGUGUGGCGUCAACACACCCACAGAAACUAAUAGCAGAGCUAAUAAAGUGAAGUGCUGAAACUGAUGUUGACACUUAGAACUGAAUGAGGUGUGGCCUUCUUCUAGUGCUGUUUUGUAAGUGCUGCUGCCGGGAUGGGCCAGCAGAUCUCAGGUCAGGCGGUGUUGACCCGUCUGCCUGAGAAGUUGGUGAAACACCUCGGACUGGUACGUGACAGUGGCUACCUCACCUACGAGGAGUUUCUGGCUCGAGUGGCCGAACUCAAUGAUGUUACGGCCAAGCUGGCUGCUGGACAGCAGAAGCACCUGCUGUUUGAGGUGCAGCCAGGAUCCGAUGCUUCAGCCUUGUGGAAGGUGGCUGUCAGGAUCGUCUGUACCAAGAUUAACAAAGAGAACGGAAUGGUGGAAGCAUCUCGCAUCAUGAACCUGUACCAGUUCACCCAGCUGUACCGUGACAUCACCAGUCAGGCUGCUGAGGUGCUGUCUGUAGAAGGCGCCACUGAGGGCCCUUCUGCCCAACUCCCCUCAACAGACUCCUGCCAGGCCAGUAUGUGGAUGGGCAGAGUGAAGCAGCUGACAGAUGAGGAGGAGUGCUGUAUCUGCAUGGACGGGAAGGCUGAUCUUAUUCUGCCCUGUGCACACAGCUUCUGUCAGAAGUGCAUUGAUAAAUGGAGUGGCCAGAGCCGAAACUGUCCGAUAUGUCGCCUGCAAGUCACUGCCGCCAAUGAAUCAUGGGUAAUGCCAGAUUUCCCCACAGAGGACGACAUAGCGGGCUAUAUCCUCAACUUGGCCGAUGAGGCAGGGCAUCCACACAGACCUUAACAUACAGCACACUGAGCUAUUUACAUAUUUGAUGAGUGAAAUGGGAUCUGUUCCAAGUAGACUGUGUAACACACAAUUUGAUUUUUCACUUUGCUUUUUUCUUCCUAAAAAGCUAUUUCUUGUUUUUAGUGACAGUUUUGAAACAUGAAACCAGUAAUGCUUUAUUUUACAGGUAGCAUCUUUUCAAGCGGAGUUAUUCAAAAACCUCUCUUUAGGGUUGGAGUUAUGUGGGAGUUGAGCUCCCAGGAAAGCAGUAAAAUAACACAUCGGUAGGGGGCACCGAAGAAGUCAGUUUAAUCAUAAAUAAUGCAGUUUUCAUUCUGACGAGUAUUCUUUUUAUUAUUAUUAUUAUUUAAACUAGACAAAUGUGUCUUCUGUGAAUAGCAGUGACAAUUACUGCUGUUAAUCACCAAGUAACUGAGGCUACUAGGGUCAUACAAGGUACUUAAUAAGUGUCGGAUUCACUACCGACCCGCAUAAAAAAUGGCCUUUGCUGUUGAUGAUAGUGAACGAGAAACUCUAAAACUCUAAAAAUAUGAGGAAAAGUAAACUAUUAUCUGGAACACAUGGGCUUGUAAAAUAAAGGUUUAACAUAAAACUCUGUCUCUUUAGCCCUAAAAAAAAUCCCAGGAUGCUUUUUGUAACAUGUAUUGUAGAUGUGGUGAUUUAUGGGAACUGUGUGUGAUAAUACAGUGAGUUGUCUGAAGUAAAACCUCUGUGUUUGUAUUAAGCUAUACUUAUUCACAGUCUCUUAAUUUAACACACAAUAACCAAAAGUACAACUUUUACAGUACUUUUAACUGACAUGGCAAAGUUAAGGGUUAAGACAAACUAGAAACUUUAAAAUAUGAAACCUGAUCUGUUGCCUUUCCUGUGAAUAUGAAUGGGACAGAAGAUGUGAAUCAAUAUCAGCACUUGUGCUCGUAGUGGACUGACAAAGAUAACUCCAAGAUGCACAUUUUACCCAUAAAACAGCAAAUGUUUAUAUUUUGAUUUUCUUCAGAUGCAUCAGUUAGUGAUAUAUAAAGAUAGGAUCUUCUGUACAACUGAGAAAGAAAAAAUAACAUUUUGCCUCCUAAUACAGCAAAUAACCACAUUUGUCAAGAAAUCUAAGACAGCUAACCCACCUUGUUUUUUCUUUUUAAAAUCCGGUCAAACCCCACAUGACAUGCCAUGUAAACUUUGUUAUGAGUGAACUGUCUGAUCCACUGAUCCACUUCUGACCUGAUGUUGUAUCAGGUCAGAAUUAUAUCUAUUAUAUGGAUAAUGUUUGGUGUAUAGGACUUAUUAGUUUUAUAUCACGUAGCUUGCUGUGGUUUCUUUUUUUUUUAUUGUUGGAAAUGACCACUAUUUGUCAUCUAUGCUGUGUGUUUUCUCUUUAUCCGAUUACUGUAGAUGUACUGUAGCUCAUACACAUUCUCGUCUUUGCUGUGCUUUCUCAUUUAAGAGGAUCGGCAGCUUUUCACUAACUGCUGACCUGUCGGAAAACACAUAUGCAGAACUUUAAGCCACAGAAAUGGUUUUAUUUUAAGGAAGUAUUUCUGUGCACAUAUCUCGAUCAAAUAAAUCACAGGAUUUAUAUCAAGUAUUUCAAGAAAUCCAAAUAUAUAUAUUUUAACCAAAAUUUAAUUGAACAUUUCUGUCUAAAAUAUGUAGAUAUAUAAAUUGUUAAUUAUAUAUAUUAUGUCUUUCCCAGCAUUUAUCUGCCUGUCUCUUUGCAUGUCUGUGUGGGCACCACAACUUCAAACAUUAAGGACUGAUUUUGUUUUAUUUUUCUGGAAUAGGAGGAAGUAGAUAAAUUGUGCCGUGGAAAACUAAGCAACCUUGGCUGAGGCCUGUGAUCCGAGUGCUUUCUCUUGUUCUGCAUUUGUUGUACAUCGUUAACUGUGUAUGUGCAGUGAUUACAUUUAAAGCUUUUUUUUGUCCGUUUGAAACAUUUAUUCAAGAGUGAUGCAGUAGACUUUUACUCUUAAUUUAUGUCCUGUUAAGACCAUUAAAGUGAUUUCCUUUUGUACCAAAAGUCAUUUUUGGUUGUUGAUGCUGAUAAUUUGCACUUUAAAAACUCACUGUAGCUUUCUUGGUGUUUGAGCACCACAAAAACUGGAGGAAGAAAAUGUCAUCUUACAAUUAAAUCCAAAAUUGUUAUAGUAUAACUACAGCUAAAAAUAGAACAAAACACAUGUGAUCCUGUUACUGUACAUUCAGUUAAUUAAUUAAUGUAACAAAUGCUGUGUAAUGUCAUGUUGAAACCUUAAGGUGGAAGCAUUUUUGUCAUAUUUCCUGAUAUGAUGAGUCUGAAAGCAUUCACUUUGCAUAAAUGAAUGGAAGGUGUUUGAAUUUAUUCCUACUGUAUUAUCUUAAAUAAAGAAUUAUUUACUAUU